AUGUAGUCUGUCAAGCAGACUACAGUGUUUUCUUUUUCUCUACCAGUUGUCAAAACAAUCUGCUUACUGUAUACAGUCGUAGUACAACAAUGAAGAGAGCAUAUCAGAUUGAAAGGUCAAAAUACAGCAAGGCAGAAGGGAAUGUUGAGUUUGACUUUCUUGUGGAUGAGAGAAAGGAUCACCGAGAGGAAGCUAAGUGGCCACACUGUAUUUCCUGCUUACUUCCUCUAAGAAGAAAGAAGGUCAGCAAGCAGGUUAUUCUUGAGUUAACUGAUGAUACAUGGACAAGAGCAGAUGAAUAUCAGAGAAGUGAAGAAUCUGGACGAACAAGUGGUGUAAGAACAGGGCCAAAUGCGCAAGCGCAACCGUUGGAUGCCAGAUCUCUUUUAAUGCACAAAAGCGUACACCAAAUGGCAACACGAGAUCGUAGUAUUACCUCGUCUACACCUCCUAGCUCACUAGAUUUGGAGUGGGAACAUGAAGGUGUUCUGCCCAUACAUGCUAUGCAUUAUGCUGGAGUUCCAGAGGAAGAUGUUUGUGACUCAAGUGCAACUAAUGGGAAGAAUGGUGCUAGCAGUACAGGGUGGUCCCGUAUAUCUACUCCAGAUUCACUUGAAUGGGACCCUGUUGAGGCUCCCUUGGCUGCCAUGUCUGAAGCUCAGGCAGAACUAGAUGCUGAAACAGAACAACUGCUCACUGAAAUUGAGCGUCUAACUUCAAGAGCCCUCAGGGAAACUGGAGACUGGAGUAGCUGAUUAACCCUUUAACAUGUCAGAGUCUUGUAAGAUUUAUAGAACUGUUAUGACUGAUUAUGUGUGCAUUUUUGUAGACAGAUUUUGUGGUUAACAUGUACCACAUGUUCAACUAAUUACUUGGGUGCUGUUUGAAGAAUAUGCAAACUAUUUUGUCAUUUUCCUGACAUCAUAGGAUAGCUUUAAUUUUGUCACAAUUCUAUCGUGAUCAGUUGAUAGAAAAAGAUCACACCUUAUUUUUUUGUAGAAUUAUUUAACUUAUUAGAACACAUGCAUGUCGUUGCAGUAAUAAUUUUUGCUUUUUUUAACAAAAGAUUCUUAUACUGUAAAUUGUUUCUUUACUAUA